AUGAAAAUAAAAAGUCUUACAACCAAAAUCAAUGCAAAUAAACUCCUGUCACUCGAAACAAGUUAUUCGAACUCAAAAAUUCAACUUCAAACACAGACAAAGAUGCAACAGGAAAUGACAUGUGGGUGGCUUAUGAAAGAGGGCGGAAGCUGGAAGAGUUGGAAACGACGGUACUUUGAUUUAGUCGAAGACAACUUGUCAUAUUACAAAGACGAAGCAAAAAAGGUUCUUUUGGGAGUCGUCAAUUUAUCACUGGCGACACAUAUCGUUGCUGUUGACAAUUACCACAAAAAGUUUAAUAACAUCAUUCGGAUAUGUACACCCGCUCGAACAUUUCAUUUGAGUGCUGCGACGGAGGAAGAACGACUUGCGUGGUUGGCUUCGAUCAUCUGUCGCUCGGAGCGAUCGAGCAUCUGUAAGCCAAGAAUCAGUACCGUCCCCGUCACACAAAAGGACUUUGAAAUUAAGUGUCUUUUAGGGAAGGGAGCGUACGGCAAAGUCUUUUUAGUCGAGAUGAAAAGCACACAUGAGGUCUUUGCGAUGAAGACAAUUGAGAAGAAACAAAUUAUUGAAUACGAGGAAAUCGAACACACCAUGUCUGAAAGAAGAAUAUUGUCAAAAUUGCAUCACCCAUUUUUGGUCAAUUUAUAUUACUCAUUCCAGACUCCAACUCAUUUAUUCUAUAUCAUCGAUUACUGUUCUGGUGGAGAGUUCUAUUUUUAUCUUCAAAAGAAUCGAAAGGUAGGAGAAAACACAGCAAAGUUCUAUGCGGCACAAAUUCUGUUGGCUAUAGAGCAUCUUCAUUCUGCAAAUAUAGUAUAUCGCGAUAUUAAGCCAGAGAACAUUUUGAUUGGAGCAGACGGAUAUUUAAGAAUGACAGAUUUCGGCCUUUCAAAGGAAAAUGUCACAAGUACUAACACAACAAAUACUUUUUGUGGGACACCAGAGUACUUAGCGCCAGAAGUCGUUGUUGGCAAAAAUUACUCGGAGCCUGUCGAUUGGUGGGGAUUUGGGGUUUUGAUAUUUGAAAUGAUUCAUGGGCAUGCUCCAUAUGUCAGUCCAGACAUCCAAGAGCUCUUCCAAAAGAUUAUUAGAGACCCCGUGACAUUCCCAAUAGAGUCGUACCCAUCACAAGAAUGCAAAGACAUCAUCACCAAAUUACUCGACAAAGAUCCAUUAAAACGACUUGUCGAUCCAAAUUCAAUUAAAUCACAUCCUUGGUUCAAAGGAUAUGAUUGGGAUGGACUCUUCCAGAAAAAGAUCACACCACCAUACGUUCCUGUUGUCAAAGAUAAAACUGAUGUCUCCAAUUUCAACAAAGACAUUGUCGGAGAAAGUACUCUACUUGAUGAGACCGAAGUGGUUGAUUCAAAGGAUUACUUCAAUGAUUUUACAUUUGUUACUAAGUGA